AUGACAUCCGCCUCGAGCACGCCCUUUGCAACACCUGCUACCUCGGUACCGAGCUCGAGACCGCCCUCUCCCACCCAGUCUGCUUCUGCCACUCCGUCCAUCGCCCCGCCGGAUAAUCAGUUGCAAGAUGAAUCAUCCAAGCUAAGGACGUUCUUAAGCUUGCUGAAAAAGUUUAUCGGUGUGUCGGAUAUCGCCAAUGUUCGAUUCUCCUUACCCUCUCAGCUACUAGAACCUAUACCCAAUCUAGAAUACUGGCAUUAUCUCGACAGACCGGAGACAUUCGCAAGUAUCGGAACCUCAGACGAUGACCUUGGCCGAAUGCUGGAAGUGCUCAGGUUCUGGUUCACAAAGGACUUGAAAUAUGUCAAGGGGAAGCCUUGCAAACCAUACAAUUCGACAUUGGGGGAGUUCUUCAGGUGCAAUUGGGAAGUCAGUGCCCCGGCACCUCCGAUAUUGAACCCAUCCAAGGCACCGCCGCAGCCGCCUGUCGACCCCCAACAACCAACAGGUAACGAUGAGCCUGUACGGAUAUCAUUCUUGACGGAACAAACAUCCCACCAUCCACCAGUGUCUGCCUAUUGGUAUGAUUGUCCUGAGCGAGGCAUCCAUGCUCGAGGUUACGACCAAAUUUCUGCUCGCUUCACAGGCACCUCCGUGCGGGUGGUUCCCGGCAUGUACAAUCGCGGAAUCUUCAUCACAUUGACCAAACGGGACAAUGAAGAAUACCAGCUUGUGCACCCUGCAGCAUCGCUGGGUGGACUGCUGAGAGGAUCGCUGUAUAUCUCCGUGGCAGACACGUGCUUUGUGACAUGCCCCAAGACCAGACUGAAGUGCCUUCUGACCUAUGUAGAGGAGAGCUGGUUCGGCAAGGCUCAGAAUCGGGUCCACGGGGUGAUCUUCCGCUACAAUCCCGACGACGACAAAUACACGCGGGUCAAAGAUGUCCCUGACCGAGACAUCCUCGCCAAGAUCGAAGGCUGCUGGCAGGACCAAAUCUUCUACACGAUUCCUAAUAGUGCAGCAGUCAAAGAGAGGCCGAAUCUCCAGCCGACCUCGGAGAAGCAGCUGUUGAUCGACGUGCAACCGCUGAUGCCGGUGCCUAAGGCAUGCCCGCCCACCCCCGACCAACUGCCGAACGAGUCGCGGUUAUUUUGGAAGGACGUGACCGUUGCCAUCAACGAGAAGCGCUAUUCGGACGCCACGCGUAUCAAGCAGGAACUUGAGCAAGGACAGCGUGACAAGGCCGCCAAACGCAAGGAACUUAACACCGAGUUCAAGCCGCGCUUCUUCACUGCCGUCACCGAGCCUUCCGGAAAACCAGAUCUGACUGCGUACGGCAAAGUGGCUCUCGACGGUUUGCGGAGGAAAGACUUUAAACUUGACCCUCUCCCUGAACCGGGGGUAGAUGUUUGA